UGCAGAUGUUUUUGAACGCAUUUCUGAGGUUACUGAACGAGGUUAUGUAAAACAAAAGACAAAAGAACAAGAAGUGUCACAUUGUAUUAAUAUGAUAAAAUCUUAAAAAAGAUGGUAAACGUCAUAUCGCAAUGUUAUAAUCGCCAUACAAAAUUCAUAAAAUUGUAUCGCUUAUUUAGUGUGAAAACGGCUAAACUGGAAAAUAAUCAUGAACUUCCUGAUGUAAUUGGUCCUCCUGAUCCAGUUUCGAACUUAAGGCCUGUUGUAUUUGCCGGCUCAACAAAUGAAACAUAUUUUGAAAAGAAAUAUAGGAAGCUUAGGAAAGAGACACAACAGUGGAAUCAGAUAUUCUGGUACAAGCAUAAUACUAGUUUUAUCAAGGAACGUAAACAAUUUCAACAGAUGUCAAAGGCACAAGGAAAGAUAGCAUUAACUGCAGAUGACAUGUCAAUAUUUUAUAAAGAAUUUUUAGAUAAAAAUUGGCAUUCUCACUUUAAUUACAACAUUGCGUGGUAUAAAAGUAAUAUAAAAAUUCUAUUUUUUGGAAUAGCAGCAAAAUUAUCUAGGUUUAAAUUUAAAUAAAUUUGUAUAAUCUAAUUGAGUGAGACAUUGAUAUAAUUGUACAAAUUAUUUAAUGUUAAAAUGAUUUAAAUAUAAAUAUUUUUGAAAUGCUA